CGGUAUCCGGAAAUGAACAACCCCGUGAUGUCAGGGCAGUUGCUCGCGUAACGUCGGGACGACUGCGGUGCGUUUCGGCUUUUACGAAGACGAAUUGAACGUAUUCGGCGGUGCUAUCGUGGACAGUUCGCCUCCAAUGUCGCCCACAGACGCGCUGUUGCCGGAGCCCCAGGCUGCCGCUGGAUGCAGCCCUCGGGCGUGAUGAAGCCGCCUCGCUCCGGACCUAACGGGAUGCCGUGCAGUUAGCUUCUGCGGAGCUCACAGAAGCGAAGCGAGGCUACAGUUGGUGCGUUGCGACAGGUUCGUUACGAACGCGGGGGAGGAGGAGGAGGAGGAGGAGGAGGAGGGGGGCCAUGGCGCGACUGGUGUUGGAGCAGCUGUCGGACUUCGGGGACUACAGCGGCAGCGAAGAGCUGACGGAGACACUCGAAGCGGCGAGCGUCGGUCUGUCGGAAGUCCGCCUGAGCCCCGACGGUCGCCACGUCCAUGUCCUCCUGCGACAGCCUCGAGCCGGUCUCGUGACUCUGGUGACUCUGGACAAGUACGACAGAGCGCAGCCGGUGCGCGGCCAGAAGGGGCCGGGCCUGCGGCUGACGCGGACCGUGCCCAUCGUGGACAUUCUCUACCUGGACCACCACCACCACCACAACAACAACAACAACGGCGGCGGCGGAGACACGGCCGCCGUGGCGGUGGUGUACGAAAACGGAAAAGCGGAGUUCUGGAAAUUCGGGGAGGGCAAGGCCGGCUGGCGCCUGCUGCAGACGUCGGACCUGUGCAACAGCCCCCGCGCCCGCGUGGUGUCCGUGUGCUGCUGCGCCAACCUCAUCAUCUGGUGCGAGGAGCGGCCGCCGUCCGAGAGCUCCCCGGCCCUCGGCUCCACCAGGAACAAGCUGAGGUUCUGCGUCUGCCGGCGCGACUUCCAGGUGGAGGAGGGGGCCGUGGGCCUGGGGGGGGUGAAGAUCGCCCUCCACAACAAUCCCAGGUUCGCCGUGGUCAGCUCGGGGGACUGUGUGCACCUGCUCCCCGACUCCAGGGCGAAGCCGCUGCUGAGCAUCUCCAAGUUCUUCGUCUCCUGGUCCCCCCUCCACGACUCCUUCAGGAUCAGCACGACGUGCAGGAGCACCCCCCUGAAGAAGCUCUCCGCCAAAGAGUCCGACUUCAAGCGGCUGGUGACGGACUCCCUCGGGUAUCUGUCGACGCUCGACCCCCCCGAGAUCUACGACUUUGCGCCCGCGGCCUGCGGAGGCCUGCUGCUGCUGCUCAGCACGGGCUGGCUGUGUCUCCUGCAGAAGGACGGGACGCUGCGGCAGGUGUACAAGCAGGCGGACAACUGCGCGGCCAAGUACGGCACCCACACUAGCCUGUGCGUGUACCAGGACACCCUGGCGCUGCUGGUGGGGCAGAACCUGCAUCUCAUCGACGUGAAGUGCGGCAAGGAGCUGGAGAAGAUUGUGCUGAAGAGGGAGGCGUUGUUGUACGCCAACCGGGCCGAGAGACAGACGCCGCACCUGCUAACGGACGCCGGACUCUUUGUGGUGGUGAGCAGGGAGACGGACUCCAACUCUAAGAUGAAACCCUCCGACAACGGCGCAGUGGAGUGUGUCCAUCCCAGGGCCCUGCUGGUGGAGGCCGUCUUUGAGGAGGCCUGUACAUACUACCAGCAGAGGAGCCUGAGCAGCACCCAGCUCACCGUCGACACGCUGAAGAAAGGCGGCAGGUUCCAGGCGCCCAUCUCUUUGGCCUCCAUCCUCAGGAACUACAUCAGCGCAGGGUCGAGGCAGAAGGGAGACGAGCCGGCCCAGAACGGUGGGGGUGGAUGCGUGGCGGGGCAAGACAAGCUAAUGGGCUCGCUGGAGGCCGAGCUGAAGGCCCUGGUCUCUCUGGAGGAGCUGAAGGGGAGUUUGGUGAGGGGCAGCGUGAAAGAGGUGGAGGCCGUGUGUGAGAGUCUAGUAGAGAAAGAAGUAGUCAGACUGCUGUCGUCCUCGGAGCUGGAUAAAGAGGCUCUGUCUUACCUCAACUCCAUCUUCGGCAUCUUCCCCUGCCAGGCCUGGCGCGCGGCGCAGGCUGCCCUCCAGCUGCACCACAACGGGGAGGGCUCUCUGUCCAGCAGCGCGCCAACCGAUGUGUGGAAAACUGUCCUCGGUCCCGCCUCAGCCUCCCACCGGCCAUUAUCAAGCGGCGUGCCGAAACACAAUCGCGGCCUUAAAGGCGACCGCAUAGCCAACUGUAAAGCCAAAUGCCCCAACUCCGCCUCCCCAGCCGCCCUGCCCGUGUUUGAACUCCUCUGCCACUCCGUUUUCCACUUCCAGCCCAGCUGGCUGCCCCUGUUCCUGGAGCUGGCCCAGCAGCAGCAGGGCUCGGUCGGUCUGGGCCUGAGUCUGGCCUCCUCCUCCUGGAGCUUCUCCGGCGGGCGAGGCGGGGAGGGCGGGGAGAACCACGUGCCGCUCUACAAACGGGCCCUGUGCGUCUUGUCCGGCCUGAGCUCGGACGGAGACCAGCACCUGGACCUGGAGGUGGAGCUGCUGCUGGUCAGCGGGCGGCCGAACGCCAUCCUGCAGGCGAUGAGGGUCCUCAUGGCCCAGCAGGAUUGGGGGCGGGUUAGCCAGGUGGCCCACAAGUUCUGCAAACAGAGUCCGCUGCUCAACAAGGAGAUCUUCACUACUCUGCUGUGUGAGGUGGCCCACCACAGAGACCUGGACCCAUACCUGGACCUCUUGUGGACCCUGUGCCCCGAGGACCUCACUGUCACCACCAUACUCAACUUGGUGCUGAAGAGCCUGCCCUCCCCAAACACCCCUCCCUCCACCUCCUCCUUCUCCAUGUCCACUACGACCUCCCCCUCCCCUGCUCCCUUUGCAGACCCCCGCGGCAGCCAGCUGACCAUCGGGCUGUUGAAACCCCUGCUGAGGAAAGUCCUUCAGCGGGAGACCAAGCCCAGCCAGCACUACGCUGACAUCCUCCAGUCGCCACUUUUCCCCCCUCCGGCACCUCCGCGUCAGCCGGCCACCGUCGCCGAUCCCGGCACGGACUCCGCUCCGGGCAGCAACGACCCCCCGGUUCUUCUUGCCCAAACGCCUGAACAGCAGCGGUCCACGCACACGACUGUGCAGAGGGCUCGGGUGGCGCUACCCGCUAACCCGUUCUGCUCAACAUAAACGAACAAGCACACUUCAGAAUAGUAUUUUUUGUUUUUUUAAACUGUCUCGGAAAAUAUUGUGUGUAAAAUUGGGCCAAACUGUGAAGUGUUGUGUGUGUGAUGACAAUCAAUGAAGAAGCAUAAUAAUAUCAGUGUGUUACAGGUAUCAUCAGUGUAAUUGAUCAUUUCAGAUGAAGUAUGACGAACAAAUGACUACUGAAGAUCUUACCAGUGUAAAUACUACAGGUGAUUUUAAGUCUUAAAUGUGUAUAUACUGUAUUUUGCAAUGUUAUUUAUCUCUUUGGGCCUUAACUGCACGCGGAAGAAGAGAAAGUUAUUGCAUCUUCGCCUUGCAUUUGAAACAAGCUCAGCCUUUAUCCAAAAAAAUAUCAGACAUAAAUAAUAGUGUGUGUGACGUGUUAAAAGUGCUCGAUCAAAAGCCAAGCCACUGACUCCCAUCUCUGGGGCGUACUCGUAUCUUGUGUGGGGGCUGUUUGCUGUCUGAAGUAGCUUGCGUCGGCUAAUUGUAGCCAAGUAUUGCUGCCGCGUGUAAAAGUGCAUUCCUGCACUGUGUAAUCUACUGAGCUUUAUCCUGACAAGCUGGCCUUUGUGUUUGGAUGUUUGUUUUAAGUGAGGAGUUGAGGGGAGGUGAGGGCGGUCCAAGGUCUCCUCCACUCUCUUCUGGUGUUGCAUUUAACAUAUUAGUAGUAGUCCAGCUUCUGCCCCCUCUCUCUCUAUUUAUUUAUAUAUUUUUUCUCCCGUUCCCCGUCGACCAUCUUUCUCCCUAGACUCCAUCUUGUCCUCACAGGACAUUCCAGACCGGAGUGCCCAGUGAAACUGACUCACAGUUCGACAUUAAAUUGAAUUAAACAAAAUUAAAGUGUGGGUUGGCCACAUUGUGACUAACGCGGGCGCCCUACUGCUGCUGCUUGCAUAAGGUCAUGUACAUACGCCCUAUCCUUCGUGGAACCGGUGAGGGUAAUGUUAUUACAGAUGUUAGGCCCUCUGUCUUAGCCCCACGCUAUUUUUUCUUCCAUGCUCUGAAACUGAUUGCACUUUUUAAAUCUCCCCAGUCAGUAUUGGUCGAACCAUGCCCUGGAUGCAUCUGUUAAAAAUAAUGUUUCUUUCUUUCCAAUUGAGUGCUGCAAACACAAAAGUAUAUUUAAGUGCCUGUUGUAUUUCGAUCACGAUGUGUUAGUGCUUUCUUUCUGAGCCGUCUGUACGGCGUGUUGUUGCCACAGAAAGUGUGUUUUUUUCCUUGUACAUAAAACGUGGAGCCCUCCAAAUCAAAACGAUAUUUAUAUUUUGAGCCGUGGGCUCUACGUGAGUGAGGUUACCGGCGGAGGAACCUCCCGCGGUAUCCCCUCAAAUGUCGAGUGACCAUCGGACUCCAAAAUGCUGCAGAACAGUCGUGCCUUUCACAGCGUCGCUUUUCAAUGACGAGCCGGUGUUACAUUUCUGCUGCGUCUCCUCAUGCUCCUGAUAAAGAGCUGGAGGUAGAUCAGAGGUAAAAGAGCACAGUGUUUUGUUUUGUUUCAUUUUUUUUUUUUUUUACCUGUUAAUCCAAUUCAGUGUUAUGAAGGAACAACUCUUGGCCUCAACAGUUAAAAUGAAGCCUGCCUGAUUUCUUACUCUGAUCUGAUUGGUGUAUUAAAGGUGCCUUUCCCAGCUCUGCACACAAGCAUGAGAAAAAUCUGUGCUACUGAUUUCAGUUCAGUGCCGUGGGCUUUCGCUGUGUAGCACCUGAAGGUAACUGGGAACUCCCUGACGUCCCCAGACAGGCCACUGAGCCCAGCGUUGCCGCUGUUCCGAUGUUAAAAUAUUCAUUUGCCCUCAACUUUGCUUCUGGUACGUGUCAACAAUUAAGAAUUUGCCUGACGACGUUUUUGCAAUGUUACUUUGUUUUACCUUUUGGUGAUCUUACAUUUGGAGAAAAGAUAUAAUGUAUACAAGUAUUUAUGAACAGACGCUGUAUGCUAUUAAAACUGAAUACAAAACUUC